CGGGAGGGGGCGAAAGAAGGAGGUACGCAUGCGUUAGGGUGGUGAAAUCACGGGGCUCAAAGUGCUUCCCAGAAUGCUAUGGGAGCGAAGGCCAGCAAGUUGUAGUACGCAUGCGUCUUGGCGGGCUAUUUUGAUUCGGGAAGAGGCGGCGGCGCGGGGAGAACAAAAUGGAAGUUGCAGAGUCGGCGCUCGGCAGUGCAGAAGACAUCCUUCCAAAGAAUCUACAGGAACAGAACUCAUCCCUAGGAAAGCUGCUUGGGUUUGAAGAUGGAAAAAAUGUUGAAAAAGGGGACAACCAGGAGAAGAUGGAGUGUGAAUCACCUGCCAAGCCAGAUAACCUAGUUAGUUCUGGCUGCGAUACCCAGGUAGCUGUGAAACCCAAUGACUCCACUGUGUCAGCAGAGAUGGGCAAGAAAGAGCAUCCUGGCUCUUGCCCAAAGAAUGAAGUUGCCCACUGCCCUAACCCGAACCAAGUACCUCCUCAGAGUCUUGAUUCUGACACAGGACAUACUUCAGCCUCAUUUCACAUAUCCCUGGGCCAGCUCCCAAGCCCCAAAGUCACACGACGUUCCUUGAAUCGGUACAGCCUGAAGCUGGGCACCAAUCGACGGAAGUCACUCCCUCCUCUUCACCUGGAUGUUUCUGAUCUGUGUAAAGCCAUAAGUCUGGAGUUGCCCGAGACCGAGAGAAUGGCAGCACUCCUCCUCUCAAGCUUCCAGUUUUCUGCAAGGAAACUGGAAUAUUCCCUGAGACAGACCGAAGGCUUUAAUCCUGAAAUUUUUGAAGAAAAUGUGAGAUUGCUUUCAGAGGAGUUGAGACUCCACACAAAGAAACUGAUGCUUGAGGGAACUCUGCAGAAAUGCUUUGAGGACCCCAGAGGGGGUUUGUCAGAUCCUGCCUUGAGUGGAUCAGUAGCUGCCUUAAAGGAGAAUAUAGCCAGGUUUUCCACAGAAAGUGAGGCUUGGGAUGACUUGCUUCAGACUUACAAGAAAAACGCUGAGGAAAUAGCCAAGCAACUAGAGCAGCGUGAGCUGAAUCAAGGAACAGAGGAGCCUUUCAGCUACCUUGGUGCUUCUCAGGCUCAAGUGCUUCAGGCCAAGCCAGACUACCAGAAGAUAUUAGAUAGUCAGGGAGAGGUGUUUUGUGAUCUGGAGCGAGUGCUGGAUGAAAUGCAGCAGAUAGUAAAAGUUUGUCAAACUUAUAUGGAAGAUGUUACACAGUAUCUUCGGAAGUUAUCAUCAAGACUUGCAUCAAGGACUUUCAACAACUUAGAAAACUCACCAGCCCGAAAACUGCUGAAGCUCAAGACAAAGCUAGCAACACCUCCUCCUCCUCCAGAGGGGUAAAGGUGGUUACUUACUUUUUUGCUUGUUUGUUUUCCGACUUUCUCUCUAACACUGCUGAUCAUGGUUAUUUUUUGGCUGUCGCCUUCCCCCGUUUGCCUGAUGUGAACUGCACUUCAAAAGCAAUGACAUUCUUGCUCCAUAGCUUGACAAGGUGGAGCAAUAUAAAACAUGUUAUAUCCUUGGAUGAUAGGAGUAUUUCCAGUUUAGCAAUCAGAUAGGAAAUUAAAGACUCCCUGUGAUCAUCUCCUGUGUAGCUUCAAUAAAGGCAAUGUAUUUGCUUUUGCUUUUUUGGGAGCACAGCAGAAGGAAAUACUACUAUUCUUGGUUUGAUUCAACCAUUAAAGGAAAAUGAUUUGGUUCUGAUAUUCCUGUAACUUAGCAUUUCAAACUGAAAGGCAUUGUGAACCCUGUUUAUUGUUCUCUGAACGCCAGACGGUGUGGGACAUCCCUCCUGUUCUGUGUUAUAUUAUGUGAUGGCAAGAGACAAAAAUUCAGGUAAAACUGCUCCUUAAUCUCCUACAUUUAACCAGCUGAAACACUGACAACUUAAUAACUGGGCCUGGUUGUCAAGCUUCUGAAGAUGGCUAGAGACAAGACAAAAACUCAGAAAGGAUUUUUUUGUUGUUUCUCUGUGUUGUUUUCUUCUCCAAACAGGCUCUUUUAUUUUGUGAAUAUUAAUGUCUUUUCCUAAAACAAUAUACAUCUCAUCAUUCAUUGUUUUGAUGUUUUUCCCCCAACCACUUUGUUUCAUGUUCUUGUUGUUAUUUAAAAUAAA